GACUAUUUUUUUUUCAAAGUUUUUUUUUUUUUUUUAACAUAAUGUCUUGGGAAAAAUUACGUGAAUAAUAACUAAGAUGACCAAACGGAGCAACGCUCAUGACAUUUACCUUCAAAGAAAACGAACAAAUGAUAGAGUCAUAAUAAAUGUAGGAGGAGUCAAGCAUGAAUGUUUUAUAGAAACUAUAAAAGCUUUUCCAGAUACGCGCUUGUAUUGGAUUGCUGAAGCAGCUAUGCAAAAUAAGGACUUUGACUAUGAAUCCAAUGAGUUUUUUUUUGAUCGUCAUCCAGGUUGCUUUCAAAACAUAUUAAAUUAUUUUCGAACUGGAAAGUUACAUUGCCCCAAUGAUGUUUGUGGACCACUCUUUCAACAGGAACUUGAGUUCUGGGGUGUUGAUGAACUAAUGAUGGAACCUUGUUGUUGGGGAAACUACACACAGCAUCGUGACGCUCACAAAAACUUAAAAAUGUUUGACGACAUGGUUAAAAGUACAAAUUUAAAAGAAGAACUUAACAUGAGAAAAGUUAGUUGCAAUGUAAAUGGAUACGAAAAUGAAAGUUGUUGGAAUUCAACUAUCGAAAUGUAUCGACCUAAGAUUUGGGCCCUUUUAGAUAAACCAUUUUCCUCUAAGUAUGCGCAGAUAGCAGCAUUUUUUUCAUUAAUGGUGAUAGUCGCUUCAUUGGUAACGUUUUGUAUGCAGACUGUCCCUAGAUUUUUUAAGUACGCUCGCACGUUCGAUCUACUUGAAUACAUAUAUUGUGGUAUAUUUACAGUAGAGUUCAUUAUUCGAUUAAUUUGUUGUCCUUCGUAUAAAUCCUUUUUUCGAUCUGCUUUGACGUAUAUAGAUUUUCUUUCUACUAUUCAGUUUUAUAUAUCCUUUAUUAUGAAAACCAAAGAUUUUGACUUUCUCUUUGUAACUCGCCUUAUUCGAAUAUUUCGUUUGUUUCGUUUUUUUAAACAACUUAGUGGAAUGCAAGUUAUUGCACAGACAUUGGUAGCAAGCAUGAAUGAGUUGAUGUUGCUGCUGAUGUUGGUGACAAUUCCUAUGAUUAUUUUUUCAACGCUAAUUCAUUAUGCUGAAAAGAGUGAUUCUAACAAUGACAAAAAUUAUACAAGCAUUCCGGAAUAUUUUUGGUGGUCAAUUGUUACCAUGACAACAGUUGGUUACGGAGACGUGAUACCUAAUUCGUUUUCUGCAAAAAUUGUAGGAGCAUUGUGCGCAUGCUCUGGUUUAUUAAUAGUCGCUUUACCAGUUUCGGUGAUAGGAAGCAACUUUACAUUGUUUUACUCUUACGCGCAAGCUAGAAUGAAACUUCCCCUUAGAAAGAAUCUUUUAAAUGUAGAUAAAGGCCUUGUCGCAAAUAAUCAAGAUGAUUCUCUUUUUUCUAAAAUGCUUAAUUUGUCGACAUCGAAUCACAGGCGUCGAUUCGCAAUAAAACCACAAUUACAACAUCAUUCUCUACAAGGUAUUUUAUCCGCAAGAUCUUCUUUAAAUUCUGUAUUAGAAGAUUCUUUUCUAGAAGAGUCACAAGUUGACACAAAAGAUGUUUUAAUUUUGGACCAUUCUGAUUAAAAUUAAGAAAAAGUACAUGAAAUAAAUUUUUUAUGUAUUGUGAC